AACCCUACGUCAACAGAAUCAACGAAGAAGAAACCGAGGCGGCAUGACGUCACAUGGUUUGUCAACCGGCGCGCUGCACGGAAGAGCGGCGUGUUUUCGAUUUGGUUCCCCUGGAAAUUACUUUUUGUGAGAGUCACUAUGGCGUCAGAUGAUAUUGCUCAGCUGGCUGAUGCUCUCUCCAAGACACACGUCGGUGAUGGAGAGUUGAGCUAUAAAGGCCUGGGACUGAAGCUGGACAACGCAGAAUCAGUGGAGGAGCUGGUCCGUGAGAUCGAGCAGUACCAGGGUCUGAGAGCUCUGCGCCUGGAGGGGAACACGGUGGGAGUGGAUGCAGCCCGGGCCAUUGCCAAGGCUCUGGAGAACAAAGACCUGCUCCAGAGAUGCUACUGGAGUGACAUGUUCACCGGAAGGUUGCGCUCGGAAAUCCCAACAGCCCUGAGGUCUCUGGGCAGUGCAUUAAUGAGUGCAGGCGCGCGGCUGACGGAGCUGGACCUCAGCGAUAAUGCCUUUGGGCCAGAUGGCGUGAAGGGAAUCGAGCAGCUGCUGAAGAGCUCUUCCUGCCACACCUUGAGGGAGCUGAAGCUCAACAAUUGUGGCGUUGGGAUCGGAGGAGGAAAGAUCCUGGCUGAAGCUCUGAUCGAGUGCCACAGAAAGUCAUCAGCGCACGGAGCUCCACUCAAGCUGAGAGUGUUCAUCGCCGGGAGGAACCGCCUGGAAAAUGAAGGAGCCCGCGCCCUGGCUAAAGCCUUUCAGCUGAUGGGCAGCCUGGAAGAAGUCCACAUGCCCCAGAAUGGCAUCAACCACGCGGGUGUGAUAGCAUUAGCUUCAGCCAUGCGACACAACCCGGAGCUCCGCGUCCUCAACUUAAACGACAACACCUUCACCAAGAGAGGAACGCUGGCCAUGGCGCAGGCCCUGAGGCACCUGAGGAAUGUGCAGACGAUCAACUUCGGAGACUGUCUGGUGCGCUCUGAAGGAGCCAUCGCCCUCGCCGCCGUCCUCCGAGAGGGACUGCCAAUCCUCAAGGAGCUCAACCUGUCAUUUGGUGAGAUCACGGAGGCGGCGGCUCUGGUGGUGGCUCAGGCGGUCGCGGACAAACCUGACAUGGAGAAAGUGGAUCUGAACGGAAACUGUCUGGGAGAGGAGGGCUGCGAGGCUCUGAGGGAGCACAUGGAACACAUGGACAGAGGAGACAUGCUGGCAUCACUCAGUGAUGAUGAGGGAGAACCUGAUGAAGACGAUGAUGAAAACAACAACGAUGAUGAAGACGAUGCCAGUGACGACUGUAAUGAAGACGAAGAAGAUGAUGAGAUUGUGAAGGAAGACGAGGACAGAAAAGACGACAGUCCUGCAAAACCUCAGUGUCCAGCAGAGAUCUCGUGUCUCCUCAGCUGCCCGUCUGCAGAGAAGCUCCUUCAGCUGGGAGAGACGAGGACCGACCUGCAGCAACAGGUGGAUUCCUCUGACCCACACAAGGCGGCUGAUGUCCUUCUGAAAAUCGCUUCUUUGUACAGCGAGGAUCCCGAGACCAAGGCGGCGGUGCUCGAAACUAUCGACGCUGUGUUGAAGAAGCUGCUCUCCGGCUCAGACCUGCAGUCGUACUGCUUCUUCUCCACGCUGCUGGUGAUGAUGGGACUGCUCAAGGGAGAAGGGAAGAUGAAGAAAGUGUCCCUGGUCUCAGGUCAGCUGUUGUGUCUGGAGCACGCUGUGCAGCAGGAGUACUUCCCCCGGCACCUCGCCUCGCUGCUUCACACCUUCAUGUCCAAGAACGGUGAAGCUCUGGAGUCCUGCAGCAGCGCCAGUGAGAGGCUGAGCUCCACUCUGGAGAAGAAGUGCCACUGAUGAUCGCACACACACACACACACACACACACACACACACACACACACACACACACACACACACACACACACACACACACACACAUUACUGACUUUAAUGUCUUAACCAACAGGGAAGCUUGACACUUGAACAAGGGACUUGUACGGCCACUUAUCGUAUCUCCACUUCCUCAUUUGUAUAUUUUAUGGCACAAAAUGUCUUAGUUUUUAUUUUUCUACUUAAUGCUUGUGACUUAUAUUUUUAUAGAAAUGCACAUCAGGUAACGGUCGGGUGAAUGUUUAAAAAAUGUAACUUGGAGUGGAGCUAACUUUAGACGACGCACCUUUAACAUAUUUUGCAUUUAGUUCUGUAUAAUCUGGGAAACAUUACACAGAAAGAAAACAACACGUCUGUCAGGUGAUGCUUUUUAAAUAUCUUGUUUUGUCCAGAACACAAAAGAUAUUCACUUUAAUAUGAUAUAAAACAGUUGCUUGUGUUUCUGUCCGUUCACUAAUCUAUUAGUGGACUAAUCACUGCAGCUCUACAAAGUUGUUUUCAGGUCUGGGUACAUUUGGAACUUGCACAGUAAAUGUUAAGAAGGAGAGAGAUGUGAUGUCUGCUGAUAUGUGUUGCUGUGAAAAAGUUAAGGAGACAGAAAGACCAUUUAUUCAUGUAAAUCUUAUUGAACAGAAGAACACUCUCCAGAGCCGCCUGUUUAUUGAUCCGGUUUACUGAAAGGAUGCUGGAGUUGUUGUUUUUUAGGACAGUCUGUCCAAUCGCAGUGCUGCUCAGAAGGGCCGGUGGAGUCUAGGCGCUGUGUGCAUCAGACUGUGAGCAGGAAUGGGGCUGCAUGCAGGAGCAGCACACACUCACCCAUGAGCCUGAAUACACAGCAGCAUGUGUGUGCAUCACCCUGCACUGAGCCCAGUCAUAACACUGCACAGCUCACGGGACCACAAUCACUGUCACCUGAUGUUUCUUCUCUUGUUCCUUAAGUCUUAUUGAAAAAUGUGCUCUUAUGUUUGUGUUGCACAAAUCCAGAUGCUGCGUGUUAACUCGUGUAGAGGUGUGAGGAUCAUGCUUGAUGUGUUUGUACUGUCAGAAAUAUAACUACUCUAACAAGCCUGA